AAUUAUCUUAUUGUUAGUUUCAAAUGCAUUGAUUGUAUCAACUGUUGUAACCCUUUGCAAUUCCUGUCUUAAACUCACUUACUGAAUAAAAGAAUCCUAAUAAAGGAAUUUCUGUUAUUGUAGAAUGAGUCAAGAAUCCGCCCACGGACAAGGCAACAAUGAACACGUCAGCGUUCAUACUGAAGCAUCUAGUUUUACCCCUCCCGUCCAAAAUGAACCCGUCAAUCAACAAAAUGUUGGGAAUAACCCAAACGCUGGUGGUCAACCCGACCUUGUGAUUCCAGCUUUUCUAGCUAAUGUGUUGCAACAAAUAGCCAACGCACCAAUGUUUCAACCACCUCCACCACCGCCACCUCGAGUGGUAACCUACAAAACGCUAAGAGAUAACGGUGCAGAAUUAUUCUUUGGGGAUCGCAUCGGUGAACCCCAGAUUGCGUGGGACUGGAUCGAGCAGACUGCUCGAGUGUUGGAGGAUCUUAAUGUACCCAUUGGCAACUAUCCCCGACUGGCAUCUCAGCUGCUUCGCAAAGAAGCCUACGAGUGGUGGAAGAGGACCGAUGAGAGUGUAGGAACCCCUAAGCCAUGGACAUGGGCACAUUUCGAAUGGGCAUUCAAGCAAGAAUAUAUUCCAAAACGUUUUAGCGAAGAAAGACGUAAAGAAUUUGUCGAAUUGCAACAGGGAGACAUGACACUCCCCGAGUAUCGUCAGAAGUUUACUAGUCUUGCUAAGUUUGCACCAACCUUGGUGAGUACCCCAACCGAUCGCAUCGAGGAAUUCAGGAAGAAACUUCGACCUGACCUUAGGUCGCGUGUGUCCGUCCUAACCACCGUGGAUUUCGCGGAGGCCUAUGAUCUCAUAGCCAGGGCAGACAACGACUUGAGUGCUUGCAUUGAGUAUCUGAAGACAAAUAAUCAUGGUCCUUUUGUAUAAGUGUUGCGCCUCACCACAUACUCCGUAAAUUUAUGGUCCUUUUGGAUAAGUGUUGCGCCUCACCACAUACUCCGUAAAUUUAACUUCCCCACCAAUGAUAUCGUAUUCAGAAACCAGUACCAUCACCACGCAUCACAUAUUUACUCCGGCGUCUGAACCCUACACCCAAUCGAGAAUCCAAAAAUCACAGAUCAAUUACGGAGUAUUAUUUCUUUGAUUCUUCACACGCAAGAACGGAUCGUAACGACGGGAACUAGACAUCAACAGUGAACCCUAGCCACACUCCAUGGAUCUCCCAGACGCACACCGAAAGGGAGACAGUUCGUAGAAGCUACCACCAGGUACUACCCGGUUACGACCAACGAAAGAAACAUAGCCAAAUACAGAACAAUCUUACAAUCGAUGGUGUUUUUAGGGUAUAAUUUUCAAUCAGUAGUUGUUCUCAUGUUUCCUCUGACUUUAUGUUGAUUUCGGCAACGAUGAGCGACAAAACGAAGACAAAUCCAGCUUACAUAGGGUUUUCGAGGAUAGUCCUUGAUUAAUGCUCCUUGCAUGAGUUUCUACGCGAAAUAUCCAUGGGUCCUCUUUUGGUCAGGUAUUGAUAGCUUUUUCAUUGAUCAAAUGGUUGCUCUGUUAGUAAGGGAAGUUGCAGAUUGGGACACCAUUAGGUUUUGUUCUUUGCUAAACAAAAUUGUGCAGGUUAUCUGGACAACUACAUCUUGGAGUGGAGCAAUAGUUGGAGUUUUGCUCAAAAUAUGAGUGGUUAAUAGCAACUUUGGCUCAAUAAUGCAGGUUCUCUAAACCACUACAACUUUGAAUUGAGCAGGUGAUAUUUUUUUAAAUAAUAUGAAGUAUAAAACUAAAGCAGAAAAACUCAGUUGAGAUAUUGUUUAGAUGUGUCUUAGAAAUUGGAGUCCAAAUGGCAUUGUGGCACUGCUAGGUUGGGUUCCAAGGGGCUAUUUUCGAUGCUGAAGCAAUGCCAUGAUUUGUGAAGGCCAUGAACUGCAUUUUCACUGCAAUUGCAGCUGGUUUCAGGGCAGUUUUGGGCGCUCUAAUCUCUGGUUUUUGUGUGAGCUGAGGACAUGAUGCUGAUGGUUUUGAGGGCUAUUGGAGUGGCUUUGCUGUGGUAUACCGGAACUGAUUUCAAUUUAAUUGUGGCCUUGCGUAUGGACUGGAAUAGCAGGUCCUGCUGCCAAUUAACUUGUUUUGGGCAGUAAGUUCAAACCAUAGUGAGUGGUUGAUAAACACCUGCUGAAAUUUGAACAUUCAUUGAUAAACACGUGCUGAAAUUCCAGAAGUACCAAUUAUUUGUAUCAAGUUUUGACAUUGUUAUACUAUUUAAGCUAUUUUCUUAGCCUAUUAGCUCAAUGGUA